UAGAAUGCAAUUGCUAGUAGAAAUGCUUACCUUUACCCAAAAACCACUAAUUCUGUAUUUCAUCUAAAUUGUAAUAGUCAGUACCUUAUUCUCCUAGCCUCCUCUUCCCACGCAAUCUAGUCAGUCUGAUCCCAUCCACCACGCGGUACACAACUCUAUUCUAAUUUAUGUUUUUUCCAAAUCUGUAUUUCAAUUCCAAAUUCAAAGUAAAAUAUAAUUUUUAGUUUAAUUCAAAAUAGUUUUUUUUUAAAAACCGAAAUCUCAAAACUCAUAUAACAUUUGGUGGCAGCGCUAAGGGAUCUUUAAAGGUCCCCGGAAUCGUCUCCGCAGUAUCGCGACAGUGUAAAAAAUAAAAACAUUUCGCCGUUUCUACAGUUAAAAGUGAAAAACUGUCUACAAUUUCUACUGUGCAAUAGUGAUAAUUUUUCCGCUGUUUCCACUGUUUCCAAUUCACUGUAGUAGUGAAAAUAAAAACGUUUCGCUGUGAAUAUUGUGAUAAAUACUACAAAACGUUCUACUAUUUCUGUGUUGUGUGAAAACUUGCAGUUUUUCAUCAUGUUUGGUGUGUUAAUAUCGUGCAUAUUCUCCAUAUCGCUCACGUAUGGAAGCGUCAUCACUCCCAUACACAGUAACCCAGGAAUUUAUUUCAACCCCAUGGGACACAUGAAAAUCACAAAUGAAGAUCUAAACAUACUUAUUCCUGUGGAUGUUUCUUUUAUACUUCCGCAUUUACAAAAUAUUAAUUCAGCUAUUGGUACAUGCCGUUUUCUGUGUCAACAGAACGAAGUUUUGGAAGACAUAGAAUGUCAUAAUUCGUUACAACCACUUCAAUCUCGUUAUCAAGACGUUAUGAGAGAUAAUGUCGCUAUAUCACACCUUAUUUCUAAACGGUCAAAACGCGCUGCGUGGUUUGCUGGAGUUGGUACAGUUUUCAAACAUGUUUUCGGAACUAUGGACGAGGACGAUGCAAUUAGUUAUAACAGCGCUCUUCAAACUUUACAAAAUAAAAGCGAAAGGUUAACUUCUCUUAUAGAAGAUAAUAUAUUGCUAGCAAAGUCAGCAAUCUCUAAUUUUAAUGAAACCAUAAACACAAUAAAUACCAAUGAAGCGCGUUUGAAUGACGCUGUUGAAAAAUUAAGUUUGAACCUUAAGAACUUAUCUAUCAUAUCAGAUGUUUUUAAUGUAAGGCUUAGUAUUAACGAAAUAAUUAAUACAAUUGAAACUAGUUUAUUAACCCUUUCCUUUAAGGUAGAUGAUAUUUUAAACGCGAUUUUAUUUGCUAAAAGCAACGUGUUACAUCCCGCAAUUUUAAACCCAACUCAAUUAUAUAAUGAGUUAAUUAAUAGUGUAAACAAUUUACCAAGAUAUAGGGAAUUUCCUAUAAAAAUAGAAUUAGAUAGUAUACAUAAGAUAAUGAUAAUUUCAGAGUUAAGUUGUUAUAGUGUAGAUAAUAAAAUCAUAUUUGUAUUCAAAGUUCCACUAGUACAUCACAUGAAAUAUUAUUUAUAUCAGAAUAUCCCGCUACCUGUACCUCAUGAUUCGCAGAAUCCCAGCUCAUAUGCAAUGAUAAUCCCCACAACUAGAUACAUUGCAAUAAGCGAAGACAAAACAUCCUAUUGCACCUUAUCGCAAUUGGACCAGUGUAAACAAAUUGGCUCUCAGUUGUUCAUAUGCAGCAAACUAAAUGAAUAUUCAUCUGUUGAUACUAGCUCUAACUGUGAACUUGAGAUAAUAACUAAAUCUGUAGUGUCAUUGCCAAAAUCUUGUAAUUCUAGAUUUCUCACCGGUAAAAUAAAUAUUUGGGAAAGAAUCAAAGAUGAUAAAUGGUUGUAUGUUCAAUCUGAAAAUAAUAAACUGUCUAUUGAAUGCAAAACAGACUUAUCAGAAUUCAGUUUAUCCGGCACUGGUAUUCUUAACUUACCUGAUAACUGUAUUGCUUAUUUUAAAAACAUUCGAUUACUGUCUAAGUCUAGCUCUAAGAUUUAUGUUAAUGAGGUAAAUUCCGAUUUUAACAUUAUUAAUGAUAGUUGUUGUAAUUUGGAUAAGUAUAAAAGUCAAUUACCAUCUAUUACAUACGUAAACCUAACAUCACUAAAUAUUGACAGUUUAUCCGGAAUAAAGCAUAAAACUGAUGAUUUAAUCACAGAAUUGAAAUCACUAAAGAAUCAGCCAAACAUUACUGAAACACUAUAUUAUACUUAUCCAACUUUAUCUGUAAUUAGCGUAUUAAGUAUUGUUCUUAUUGUAAUCUACAUUAUGCUGAAAUCAAAAUAUUGUAAAUUAUGCCGCUCUCCCGUCACGAAACCUGAAAAUCUCAAUAAUCCUGAAAAUCCUGAAAGUAUCGAAAUCACAGAAUUACCUUCAACUUCACACCCCAGACUUAAAGUAGGGUAAUCAUAAUGCCUAAUAGAUAAAAUAGCAUAAACUUCGCAUUCUUAAAAUGCGUAAGUUUAGUCUUUCCGGGGGAAGUUGUUAUAGAAUGCAAUUGCUAGUAGAAAUGCUUACCUUUACCCAAAAACCACUAAUUCUGUAUUUCAUCUAAAUUGUAAUAGUCAGUACCUUAUUCUCCUAGCCUCCUCUUCCCACGCAAUCUAGUCAGUCUGAUCCCAUCCACCACGCGGUACACAACUCUAUUCUAAUUUAUGUUUUUUCCAAAUCUGUAUUUCAAUUCCAAAUUCAAAGUAAAAUAUAAUUUUUAGUUUAAUUCAAAAUAGUUUUUUUUUAAAAACCGAAAUCUCAAAACUCA